AGAGGGAGAGGGAUCUGACUGGACCUGAGAUCAUCAUGCCCUGUGCUGGGAGCUAGUUCUGGAUCUUAGGACAAGUUCCUGGGUGAGCACAGCAACUUGGACAUUUGCCAAGGAGAUACAGCUGCUACCAGCUUUGUUCACAGCCAGCUCCAGAGAAGAACUGUCCUUCUACACUUGCAGGGGAGGAAAGUGCCAUGGACCAGCUGAUGAAUCUCCUCUACUUGAACUUCUCUGAGCAACUGAGCCUGCUGGAGGAAAGCGAGGUGUGCAGCAGUGACUCAGUGGGGAAUGGUACCUUCCUGAUAGUGGCCUACAGCACAGUCAUUGCUGUGGGGCUGAUUGGGAACCUCUGCUUAGUCUGUGUCAUUGUCCAACAAAAGGAGAUGAGGAAUGUCACCAACAUCUUCAUCGCCAAUCUUUCCUGCUCUGACAUCCUCAUGUCUCUUGUCUGCAUGCCCAUCACUGUCAUCUACACCUUGAUGGACCGCUGGAUCUUGGGAGAAGCACUCUGCAAGGCCAGCCCCUUCGUCCAGUGCAUUUCUGUCACUGUCUCGAUCCUCUCCCUUGUCUGGAUUGCCCUGGAGAGGCACCAGCUCAUCAUCAACCCUACUGGCUGGAAGCCAGCAGCCAACCAUGCCUAUCUUGCAGUAGCCAUUACCUGGGUAGUAGCCUGCUUCAUUUCAUUGCCCUUCCUCUCUUUCAACAUCCUGACUGAGCCCUUUCAGAAUCUCAGCCUCCCCUUUGAUAACUUUGAUAACCACAUGAUCUGCGUUGAGAGUUGGCCGUCAAACCAUCACCGCCUGGCCUACACCACCUUCCUCUUCCUUUUCCAGUACUGCCUGCCUUUAAUCCUCAUCAUGGCAUGCUACUUCCGUAUCUUCUUGCGUCUUCAGCGCCGCAAGGACAUGGUGGAGCGGGCCAAGGAUGGCUCCCGAGCCACCAGCCACAGGAAGGUCAACAUCAUGUUGGCCUGCAUUGUUGUUGCUUUUGCUGCAUGUUGGCUUCCCCUCACGGUCUUCAAUGCCCUCUAUGACUGGGACCAUGAGAAGAUCUCUGUGUGUUACCACAACUUCAUAUUCUCCCUCUGCCAUCUCACAGCCAUGGCUUCUACUUGCAUCAAUCCCAUCAUUUAUGGGUUCCUCAACAGCAAUUUCCAGAAGGAGGUCAAGGCCUUGCUGUAUCGCUGCAGCUGCAGUAAUGAGAAAGACAAGUAUGAGAGCUUCCCCCUCUCCACUGUGAGCACUGAGAUCUCCAAGGCCUCGCUCCGUAGUGGAGGAACCAAUGCUUGACUGCCAGGACCCUAUGCAGUGCCUUCAAACAGCAACCACACCUCCUUCCUCAGCACUGGGCGAGGCAGGGUACGUUUCUGCUGAUCAGAAAUUUCCAAAUCUUCUGGUACCUUCACCUCCUACCCCACACUAUAUUCUUAUCAGGGAUCAUCAGAAGUUGGCUGGGGUACCUUGCUUCGUCAGGUGGCCUGCAGAUCAAGUAUGGAAAUUGAUGGUGGGGAUGGGGAUGACCCAGACUAUUGGAGAAUUGCAUGUUGUGAUCUUUGUGGUCCUAAUGCACCCCCCCCCCCAAAAAAAAAGAGCUUUGGAAGCUCAUUGGAGAAUUUAGGUGAAAUAUAUGGAAACUGCAACUGAUAUUUUGUACAGAUAACUAAACCAUUUAGGGGGAUGAAUGUCCUUCAUGAAACAAAGGGAUUCUAAAUAAUUCAGCUGUUUUAUCUUAAGGAAAGUAUUCCAUCUCUUUUUCAGGGUGCCUCAGAAAUUCAUUGGGACUUCAUUCAUGAGAAGGCACUAAGAGAGGACAAAGUUCCUUGAGAGGCAGCUUGCCCACCACUACCAGCCUUCCCCUACAAGGCAAAACCAUGGGAGAGUGUUGGGUGUGUUUGAAGUUGUGUUGUCCAUUCAGAUUGGUCAACAGGGAGACCCAGGCUGAGCGAUUGUGUUGCAUGGACUGGCUAAGCAUCCUGGAACACAUUCCAGACUUCUCUACAAGGGCUGGAUCCCACCUAAAUUCUAUGCAUAGAAGGUGACUUCCCUUUCACCUGCCUCCUGCUGCAGCCUGAAAUGCCCACCUGACAUGCUGCUCUUGG